GAGAAAACUUGAUAUAUAUUUACAUAUAUAUACAUAUAUAUGUGUGUGUAUGUAUACAUUUGUGAAAUAUAAUAAUUGUGGAGAAAUGGAUUCGUUACAAAUGAAAAAUGAGGUUCAUAUUGAUUUAACGAUUGAUGAAAAUGAUUAUCAGGAUGAUAUCAAACAAAUUGUUGAUAUAUUACGCAAACAUUGGCCCAAAGAUCAAUUGGAAUUUAAGAUUUUCACCAACGGGAUAACAAACAAAUUAAUAGGCGUCUACUACCCAGGUCACUACAAUGAAAUGUUACUAGUAAGAAUAUACGGAAAUAAAACCGAUUUAUUAAUCAAUCGCAAGGACGAAGUUAAAAAUAUCCGCGUAUUGCAUAAAGCGGGGCAUACUCACUCACUGUACGCGACCUUUAACAAUGGGCUGGUGUAUGAAUUUUUGAAUGGGGAAGUAUUAACACCGGAAACGAUCAUUAAUCCUGACAUUUAUUGGCUGGUCGCUAAGCGAUUGGCCCAAAUGCACCUGCUGAAUCCAAGGGAAUAUUUGAGUGAUUAUGGUGGGGAAGGUCCGAGGGAACCUAUCAUAUGGAAAAAGACUGAAAAAUUUAUGGAGCUCAUGCCUAGAUCGUUUGAUGAUGACCUCAAACAGGCGAGAUUUGAGAAGAUGAUAAAACCUUUCCAAGUAUUAGAAGAAGAAUAUAAAUUAUUAAAAGACAAUUUAAUAAAAUUAGACAGCCCUAUUGUGUAUUCACACAACGAUUUGUUACUCACAAAUAUUUUGUAUGACAAAAAUGUAAAUACUGUAACUUUUAUUGACUUUGAGUACACGGGAUUUAAUUAUCAAGCCUUCGAUAUCGCCAAUCACUUUGCUGAGUUCGCUGGGGUCGAAAAUAUAAACUACGAUUUAUAUCCUGAUGAAAUAUUCCAAAGAUCAUGGCUAAGGUUAUAUUUACAAGCUUACAAUAAAUCUUCAAGUGUUUCUGAGGAUCAAGUUACUAAAUUAUUUAAAGAAAUUGAAAAAUUUAUUUUAUUAACGCAUUUUUUUUGGGGAUGCUGGUCAUUAAUUCAAUAUCAACAUUCGACUAUUGAUUUUGAUUUUCUUGAAUUUGCUGCAAUUAGAUUUAAUGAAUAUUUUAAACGUAAAAAUUUAAAUAAUGGCAUUUUUGAGUUAACUACUCAAUUAUAA